GCUUACGAUAUCAAUGUAAACAUCCGGCUUGAGCUCAGCUGUGCAAUUUGUCAAAUGUUUAUUAUGUAGCCAUCAUCUGACAUGAUUCAGCUGACACAUUGGAAUUCAGAUCAACAGUAUUAACAACAGAACUAACAUGGAAAGGUCGAAAAAGAAACAGAUCUAUAUGUCUCAGUUGGACGAGCCUGUCCAGGACUGGCUGAUCGAGCUCCGGGAGAUGACCGAGACGGAAUGUAUGAGUGUUCUGCAGGGCAAGUCGAUCUGUGCGGGUCAAGACACUGACCACUCCACUAAACUUGUACACGAUGUUAAAGAGGGAAUUGAUUCAAUCAAGAAUGAGUCGAAUGCCAUUAGUCAAGACUUUGAUCAACUCUUCAAGAGUGUUGAAGCUGGUGAGUGGAGGCAUCUUGGUCGACAUGGUAUUCAGGUAACCUGUCACAUCCGGUCCCUCAUCCAGGUGUGCAAUCAGUGUGUGCCAGAACCACCUGUCUACAUUCUGGAGCAACAGGACACAGUGAUGGGAGAGUGUGCCAAACUUGCACAGCAGGUAGAUAGUUUUACACGUGGAGGGACUUUACCUGCCAAAGUACCUCUGACCAAUCAGCUCACAUUCUUGGGACAGUCUUUUAGCAGAUUGGUUGAUUCAAUAAUUGGUUACCUGGUGCAGCGCCUAGUUGACACUCUAGAUGAGGCGUCGGUGCCCUCAGCUGUCCACAGCGCCAUCAGCAAUGUCAUCAGUCUGGGUCUGGAGGGGGAGCACAUGUGCUAUGUACUUGCCAGGGAAGGAGGUGUACGAGCAUUACUGGACAUUUGUCGGACUGAUUCCCUGGAGUUUGCACAUGCACAGGCUCUGCGUGCUCUUGCUACUGUCUGUUGUGUGCCGGAGAGUAUCAUGGAGCUUGAGAAGGAGAGUGGCCUCGAGCUGCUUAACGAUGUCCUGUGUGAUACGAAGACGUCUGAAGGUGUGCAGGGUGAGGCAGCGGGCGUGGUGGCUCAGAUUACCUCCCCUAGUUUAGAACACAACCAGCAUCUCAGUGGAUUUGUGGACAACAAUCUACAAGACUUGCUGAAGGCCCUGCUUGUUCUGUGUCAGAAGACAAGUUCCCAUGAGGUGUUCCUGCUGGCGACUGCCGCUGUGGCCUCUGUGGCCAACGUGACGUUCAUUGACACCCUGGCAUGUGAGAUCCUCCAUCAGAAGCAGGCUCCACGACAUCUCAUCCGACAUUGUUCCAUGUCCAAAGCUUCAUCUCUGUUUGCCAAGGAUCAGAUUGCCACAGUGUUAGCCAACAUGGCUGCUGUCAACACUUGUCAGUCCGGGAUUGCAGAGAAUUCGGGGAUAGAACUGUUGGUUCAGUUUCUUCAUGAACGACCGUCGUCAUACAGGAACCCAGCGGAGAUCGCUGCAUGUGAGCGUGUACAGCAGAAAGCGGCCAUUGCCCUGACAAGACUGUGUAGAGAGGAGAGAUAUGCUCGCAGUAUUGUCAAGCUGAAUGGUGUCCCUCGACUAGUUGAGCUGUGUCGGUUUGUGAAGGAGAGAAACAACAGCGAUGCGGUACUUGUGGCCUGCCUUGCCUCACUGACGUAAGAUCUGCACAACUGUUGAAGAUCACAAGAUGUCAGCUCAGGACUAUCAGCAGCUCAUCCAGCCCAGGCUCAUGGACUCCUUCCUGAUGUGUUCCCAUAGCGACGAGAACUUUGUGUGAACUUGUCGCCAGUGGUCCACUGAUCUCACUGAUCCUGUCUGUAGCAUCCUGCCGGAAGAACACGAGGAUCACGAUGAAGAUGGUUGGUGGAUGCUGCAGGAGACAUGUUGAAGGAGCCUGGUGUAUGUACAUUGGCUGUUAUUAUUUGGAGCAGUUUGAUAUUGACUGUCAUGGGGAGUUCUUAUGAAUUGAAUGCUGACUUUGUUAAACUAGUUCUAUUUAUUUAUUAACUUAACUCUUGUUGCUGCAACAUUUCACUGAAUACUAAUGCUGCAGCUCUUCCAUUCAUCAUGCCAUGUUGUCCUGAUGGUGCCAACACUGUGUAUACUUCAUGGACAACAGACAUGACAGUGUGACCUCGGAGUUUACAGAAUGUGUCAACAACAUCCAUGUAGGUUGUUAUCACAGGACAUUUGAUAAACAAUCUCCUGUGUCAUGAACAGGAACCAUGAUCCAUAUCAGAGUUUCUCAGGCUAAUUCACAUUUGCAAGAGUGAGAUUUCACUGAGUAUCUAAAGAAUGGAAUAAGGUGUCACAGGGUUUGAAUGGUACGAUGAGUAUCUGAAAAUAUAGAUGAAAGUAUUUUGAGAGUCUAAGGAUAUGGAUGAAGGUCUCAUGGAAGUCUUGUGGUAAAUUAUAUACUGGUAUCUUAAAUACCCCAAGGGUGCACAUGGAGGUUUUUUGAGAAUCCAUUGGUAUGGGGGUUUCAGGAAUAAUUAUGGUUUUGUGUGAUGGUCAUUAGAUUGUCUGUGGUUAUCCUAAGAUAACUAAGGAUACACAAGAAGGUUUCAUGAGAAUCCAGGGGUAUGGUUUCACAAAUAACUAAAUGAUGUUGAUGGCAACCAACUAACUAUGGAGGGAAUGAGUGAAAUAUGCCAAGGUAAAUGUAUUUUGUUGCUCUGCAAGUAUCUCAGUGGAUGGACUGUGGGUGAAGACCAUGCAGCUGAUAAAUAUAUAUAUAUAUAUGAUCUCAUGAUAUGUGGUACCUUCCUGUUGAAACUGUGAUGGAAACUACAUUGAUUUUAUGAUUGCCUGAUGACACCCAGAAUAGUUCACACAUACGGUAUUGUUAUAAUAUCAGCAGCUGAGGUCCUGUUGGGUUAUAAAACUGAUAUCUAGGCUCAGGCCAUGACAUUCCUGUUGAGUAUUGUUGUUUCUGGAUGAGAUAUUUUAUGAUUUUUAUCACUAUAUUGCUCAAGAUGCUUACUCAGGCUUCCAGGAUGGCAACUUGCUUGUUGUUUUAUGAGAAUAUUUCUCAUCUUAUAAGCACCUAUUUGAAAAUAGGUUGCCAAUACCUAGGCUUCCAGAAUGGCAACGUGCUUGUUGUUUUAUGAGAAUAUUUCUCAUCAUUUUAAGAACCUAUUCUCACAUUGUCAUCACAUAGGCUUCCAGAAUGGCAACGUGCUUGUUGUUUUAUGAGAAUAUUUCUCAUCAUAUUAAGCACCUAUUCUCACAUAUUAUCAGAACAUUUCUCAUCAUAUUAAGCACCAAUUCUCACAUAACCACGACACAGGCUUCCAGAAUGGCAGUGUGCUGUGUUAUUUUUGAGAAUAUUUCUGUCAUAUUAAGAACCUAUACAUGUAUUUUGACUGUAUUGCUGAUUUUAUUUGUUUCAUCACACAUAGAACUGUAGUUAUAGUUAAACAAGGUACAAGGAACACAUUGGUGGUUGUCAUGGUGAAUCAUAAGUGAGAAUUCUCAUUACACAUGUGCCAUUUACAAACUGUGUUUCUAUUAUUCAGGUUGUAAAUCCCUUUCUGGAAGUAUUUUAUUUUUAAAGUAAACUGGUGAAUUUUUUUCAUGAGUAAAAGAAUGUUUUAUAUUUCCUUUUAUCAUGCUGUAGUAUUUUAGGAAUCAUCAUCAUUGGUGUUCCUCUCAGUAUUAAUAGUUGUAGUGUUUUAUUUAGUUUAACCCUGAGUGUCAUGUUAGACAUGCUUUUAUCAUCAUGUGGUUACUAUCAGAAGAAACAUAUGACGCUUGUUUUUUCUUGUUCCGUGAUAGUCUAGAAAAUAAUCUUGUAACAUGUGACAUAAGUUAGGCCUUUAAUUUCGCAUAUUGGUUUACAGAUCCACCAAACCUAAAAAGGAAAAAUUAAACAAAACAAAACCAGGAUGGCAAGGGAUUUUUGUACUCCUUACAGCAGAGAUUACUUUGACAACUAUCAUGAUAAAAUUUCAUGGAAAUUCUUCUAUCUGAUGUCAGAUGUAUAAUAUUUAUAAGGUGUCAAACAUAGCAUUCUUGUUUUUUAUCACCUACCAAUCUAAUUCAGACUUGGAUAUGAUUAAAAAAAUGUUUUGUUGAUAUGAUUAAAAAAACGUCUCUACAAUUGACUUCAUUCAUGUUCUUAAGUUUGACUGACUUACAAGAUUUUUCAAGAUCAGUCCAUCAGCUAAAAAGAUAGCUGACCUUAUGAAACACGCGAAUGUGCAAUGCUGAAUUAGAUAAAGGACAAGUAGGGUCUCUUUUACAGGGGUCGGUGGGGUAGCCAAGUGGUUAAAGUGUUCACUCAUCACACUGAAGACCCGGGUUUGAGUCCCCACAUGGGCACAAUGUGUGAAGCCCAUUUGUGGUGUCCCCGCUGUGAUAUUUCUAAAAUAUUGCUAAAAGCGGCAUAAAACUAAACUAACUUCUUCACUGACUCAUUCUGAUUUUCCAGUAUUUUGUAUUAUUAUCCUGUUAUAUAAUUCUUCAAUGUUUGUAACCUAAAGCAUGAUAGAUAUGUGGGACAAUGUCCUGAAUACUAGGAUGUCUCUAAAGUACACUGAAUUAUCAGACCUGCGUCAUGUUCAGGCUCCACACUUUGUACAUCUGUUUCAGUGGCAGGAUAAAACUGAUGUCUCAUCACAUAAAUGUAUAGACAUUCCUACCAAAAUCACAGAAUUGCUUUAUUAAUUUUAUAAAGUACGUAUGCUGACUAUGUAGAAAUUUUCAGCAAUUCUAAAGCCAUCCUAUGUCAUUUUAUUCUUUAUUUCUCGUGAUAUGAUAAAACAGUUUUCUAAAUAUAUGGAACUAAUUGUGUUAUUAUUUUAGGGCCACCAGUAUUUUUAUUGUCAAGUAUUCAAUUUCCCUCAGCUGUAAACAGUAUUGUGUUAGUGUUGAUGGGAUGUCACCACCUGACAUCGAGUGUACCUUUCCUUGCAUAGAACUGUUCUUGCCAUACUUGUAGUGAAAAGAAAUACACAGUAUCUAUUGAUUAUCUCAGUCAUGUAGAGAUAGUUUCAUAGCACACCUGAGUAGACAACUGUGUAUUGAGAGUAUUGUAAGAAUUUAAUACUGUUUUUUAAAUUUAUUGUAAUUAUAUUCAUAACCCAUUUAAUAUUUUAACAUUUGUUUUCCAAGUGUGUUGUAUGUGUAUGUUAUUGUUAGUUUCCAAUGAAAUCCAACACAGUAUUCUUCUGUUGGUUGCUGUAGGACAGAAAUGUCCGAAAACUAAACUGUCCCAAAGUUUUCUUAGAUGCAGAAUUGGAAGGAUCAUUGUACUGAAAUGUUUAUUUAUAUUUGUUUGGAAUAUUUAGCAGAAAACCAAAGCAAAAAAUCAUUUAAGUGAUUAGUGCUUUCUUUCAACAGAAGACUUUCAGGGUGAAUCUAAUCUUUACUGAGAACAAUCUCCGACAUAACAGAAAGUACGUUGCUUAACUUACAAUUCUGUGCUUGCUUUCAAGCUUUAAAGCAUAAAAUACAACUUAAAUUGAAGCGGUUUUAAAGCAAUUGCCUAUUGAAAGGUAAGCUGGGUCAAGCAGUAAUGGAACUGAUAACUUCUAUGCCAUUUGAUUUAAAGUAUAUGUCCCGAGUCAGCGAAGAGGGAGAUUUUAAGAAACAGAUGCAAAUACACAUUAUCUGAAUAUCAACAGAAAAAACCCCAUUGUAGUCACCUUUAAUCUACCUCAGGUCUUGAAAUUAGACUCACAUGACUGUAACCAGUUCUAACCUGAGGACACUUGUAAUCAAUGUAAUCUAGAUUCCAAGGUAUCUGGACCAGUGAACGAGUGGAACUGACUACAAAGCCAUAUUUCAUGACACAUUCGACCUGUUAGUAGGAAGUAUGUGUGAUCGCUGAUCACCUCGUGUGUUAGGAUACUGGAUAGAUAUUGUUGUGAAUAAAAUGCCAGUUAAGAAGUACUGAUAUACUGUGAUAUAUAGUGAAAUACUGUUAAAUACUGGUCAGUGUUAAAUCAAACUCACUCACUCAUUAUCAAAUAGAUAAGUAUGUGUCAUUGAUAAAGGUCACUUGGAUCUAAUACGGGUCAGGUUUCAGGUUAUCGUGGUCUUGUGCUGACCACAUUGUCUAGUUUAAACAGUUAGAUGGAAGCUUUGUCACUAAGCUUAUUAUCAGACCGGUUUAUUGUUUGUGUGUCAUCUACUUGUCUUGAUGCUUGAGGCAUGUAUUUGGUAUGUAAUGUUGUACUCUGCGAGGGAAGGUGUUAUACAAUCUGUUGUAUUAUUCUGCAAGUUGGUUUAUCACCUUUCCAGGUGACCUGAUUUUUUUCAAAGAUAUGUGAUCUAUAAGGAGUGUAGAGGUAUCUACUACUACUACUACUACUACUUCUGCUACUGCUGCUACUACUAUCACUGCUACUACUACUACUACUACUACUACUACUACUACUACUACUACUACUACUACUUUUGUUUCUGCUACUGCUACUGCUACUGCUACUGCUAUGCUACCACUACCACUACCACCACCACUACUACUACUACUACUACUUCCUCAGCUACAUGAAUGAUAUAAGAUCACAUUUUACUUCAUAAGAUCCAAACUUGUCUGACCAUAUACUUAUGGCAAAAAGUAAGGGAACAUUGAGGACAUAUAAACACAACACCAUGUGAAGAAUACUUCUUAACCCCAAGCUAUUAACUGAGGUAGGUGUUAGUAUAAAGUGUCACGACUGACGAAAGUGGCCCAUCACCUAGAAUGGAAGUUAUCAUUGCCAUGACAAAGAAGUCCUUUCUUCUUAGCUGUUACCUUACACCAUCAGUCCAUAUUGACUGACUGCUGUGUCUGCCUUGAAAGAAAACACAACUUAACCAUGAAAUCUACAUGGUCUAGCUAGAGAGUUUUGUGAAUAACACAUGGUAACAUAUUCCUUUCCAUGCAUCUCUUGUCAUUAUCAUUGUGAUUAUGUCUGUGAGGAGUUGGUGGUGGCUACAGUGGUCAUGUGUCAGGCCAAGGGCUUGGGUUUGAUCUCAAGACGGAUGUAACGCUGGAAACUGCUUUCAGUAGCCUUACUCAUUUUACUUAUAUUUGACCAAACGAUUAUUGGAUCAGAUUUUUCAAUGUUUGCAAUGUACAGGAAUAUUUGUUCUUCAUAGUAGAUGGAUUUUGUUUAUAUGUCUUUUAUUAGAUUCUAAACACUGAUGAAAUUAAUUUUUGUGUACCAGUACUUUCCAAAGAAAAUUUAUACUUAAAUGCGGAAAAUUGUAAUUUAUUUUCACAUAUUUAAAUAAUACAUGAUACAUAUCAUACUUCCAGUUGUAUUAACAUAUCCUAAUUAGCAGCACAGUAGUUUAUCAAUUUGAUCAUAUUUUGACUUGUUUGAAUGGCAUUUUAGAAGUUGAGACGUACAAUAUAGGACCAGUAUUUUAUGGAUAACAACUUCUUUAUUUCGUGAGUGCGGUGUUUCGAUACAGAUUCUUGAUCAUAUUUUGGUCCAAUGUGUGAAACCGAGCUCAGACUCUCAAGGUGACACGUGACAGGUUAACCACUAUCUACUCAACCUUCUAGUCUCACAAUCAAUCUUUUGUGACAGAUAGGGGUGAUGUUUGCUUGCCAAGCUGAUUGGUAAAUAUUAUGAUUCUCAGAUUCCUUUCUGUAUCUCAUUUCACUACUUAAUCUCUUCAUCCCGCCCAUGUCAGAGGUUACCACAGGAUAUAACUCAACUCUCCUCAAGGAACUGAGAACACAACUGAUGUACUGACCAGGAUUUUAUCUCAUACCCUUCAGCAUGCCUACAUCCAUAUUUGCUGAUUCUGCUAGUAUUAUGAUCUAUUAUCAUUUUGAUAAAUUAUUAGUUUAUACUGUUUAACAUAUAUAUGAGUCAUGUAUAUUUUUUCUACCAUUUCAUGUUUGUAGGAAAACAAUUAGCCAGAUUUAUCAGUAAAUUGUGAAGAUGUAAAUAUUGCUCUAAUAACAGACAUACAGUACUAAUAUUUUCUUUCAAAAUAACUUCUUCCAUUUGUAUUGGUAUGUGUCCUUGUGUGUGUAUCAUAUAAGUACCCAGUGUGUUAACCUUUUUCUAUAUCAUAUAUUCUACUGUAUCUUUCUCAUGGUGUAUUUUCAACAUAUUUUUGUCUUUUAUAUAAAUGUAAUUUAUUAUAAUGGUAGUUUUACUGCUACUCCCAAGUGGUAAGUGUAAUGCUUGGAUCGACUGCCACUAUUUUCUUGCCAGAAGGACAUGUACAAGAAGUGUGCCAUUUAUUUUGUCUUCAUCUAAUGCUGAAAGAUGAAGUCCGUGAUUCAACAUGUAUUUCACUUGCUGUAGUAUGCUGAAGUAUUGCUGCAGUCAGUCAUUUGUGCAAUAACAUUUUUAUGAAAUCUGGAGCAGGUCUUUUACACUGGUAGUAUUUACUGCUGUUAAGGUCAAUCAGAUAUAUCCAUUUUAUCGAUAAUCAAAACAUAUGCUGCCUUUCUUGGAAAGUUCUGAUGUCAUUAAAACCAUAUAAUCUGAUAGGUCAAGCCACUGGAAUAUGGAGUUAAAUUAGAAAUAUUACAUUGAAUAUAGACAUAUCAGGGUAUUUGUUAUAUAGAGAGAUAUGUUGGAUGUAUACAGGAGACAGUUUUAUGAUCUUAAUCCAAACUUCAUAUUCCUGUGGCCUGUCAUACUGAACUUUCUGUUAUAGAUUUACAGACUGUGUGUAUAACCAGGAAAUGAAAUGCCAUUCAUUAAUCAUUUUCGUGAAUAAGAACUCCAGUUUUUGUCCAAAGGAAUUUACCUUUGUCAAAACAUUCAGUACAUCCUUUGAAUUAUCUUCUCAUGUUGCAUGUGUGAGGGUUGGAGCUGCUCAGGGUCAGGAAUGGGGGACCUGAUGGAUCAUUUGUGUGCACAUCCCAGUUUCGGACAGAGACCUUCUUGUAAUAAUGGUUUUACACAUCUUGAAAUGUUUAUUCGGAUGAUGUUUUUUGUGAAGGUAAGAGAUGGGCUUUUUAUCAUGGACCAGAUCAUGGUUCCUUGAUGAUGAUGAUGAUGAUGAUGAUGAUGAUGAUGAUGAUGAUG